AUGUUUAAUGCGCAUGACCCCGGCCUUAUGCGCGAGGCUUGGCACGCUCUUCGAAAAAAACAACCUUCUAACAUAUCUUUCUCAAAGCCGGAGUCUUCUCGAUUGCUAGAAGAAGAUCCUUAUCAGGCUGGGUAUGGCUACGGCGCACUCAAUCAUGCCCAACAGGCUAAUCAGCCGGAUCCGGAGUACGUGAGACGCGAGAGGGAGGCACUGGAUGCUAUCUGCCAACGGACCUCCGACUCUGUGAUUGAUAUCUGGUCUCUGCAACCACAACCACAUCUCCAGCCUCAUGCCACUCUCCAUGUUCCCCGAUCUACGUCUACAUCACCUACUACAAAUGAUGAGAACGCACAUCUGACUGUCACCUCUGAUGCUGCCUCGAAUACCAGCCGUCCUAGUUCCGGAGGUACCGUGCCGAAACAUUGGGGUGAAGUUGUUGUCAACCCGAACAAGAAGCGCUCCAGCCCAAACAUGAGAGCCGACAGCCGCGAUGUGUUUGGAGUCCUCAAGGUGACCUAA